CAUUUGAUCUUCAGGUGAAUGAUGGCGUCAGCAGAGCAUUUAUGCAUGGUGCUUCUGUUAUGUGUGUGUGGCUGUAUUUGUGUGAGUGAUUAUUACUCGGUUCUUGGAGUUCCUCGCUCUGCAUCUUCAAGGGAGAUCAAGAAAGCAUUUCACAAGCUGGCCCUUAAACACCAUCCUGAUAAGAGCCAAAGCCCAAAUGCACAGCAGACCUUCACACACAUUGCUCAGGCCUAUGAGGUGCUGUCUGACAAAGAGAGGAGGCGAGUCUAUGAUCAAAUGGACCAUCUAACUAACCCUGAUCAGGGCAGAGAGAGAAAGUUCAAGAAAGAUCAGAAUGAGGACAUGGGCACCAAUCCCUUCAUCAAUAAAGAAGCGUUUCAUAGUAAAAGGGGUUUUCAGCAUUUUAGUCUAGAGGAGCUACUUCAUACGCUCCGGUUGGAUGAUGACUUUUUUAUGGGUGAACAACCUGCUUAUGAAGGAUGGAGUUUUAAUUUUGGGCCUGAGGAUGAUGAUGAAACAGUCCUCCUCAGUGAUCUUUUCAACAUGCUUUGAUUUCCAGGGUUUGUUUAUUCUUUAUUUGUUUGUAUAUUUAUGUUGAUUAAUUAUAUAUU